AACUCCAUGUCCUUGCCACCCAGCUUUUUUAGAUAUUAACAUUGUGCCCCAUUUAUUUCAUAUUCUUUUAAAGAAAUGAACCAUGACAGAGACUAUUGAAUGAAGCUUCUCUGGACCCUCUCCCCCUUUCUCUCUACAGAGAUAAUCGCCAUCCUGAAUUUUGGUCGUUUUCCUAACUGUUUUUAUUCUUUUGCUGAAUACGUGUAAGUCUAAAAAAUACGUAGUUUGUUCUUACUUUAAAAUUUUUAUACCAAUGAAGUCACACAGCAUUAAUCGUUCUCACUCAGUUUCUGAGAUUCAGCCUUCCAUACACUUGUUGCUGUGGUCCACACUUGCCCUGAUGUAUGAUAUACCACCUGAUGUAGAAACCACUAUUUAUUCAGCCUCCUUGAUGGACAUUGAGGUGGUUCUCAGUGUCUUGCUAGUCAGACAAUGGAUAUUCUCAUACAAUUGUCCUUUGCACAUAUGUGAGUGUUGUAGUUUGCCCCAUAGAAGUGGAUAUGUGCACUUAAUCUUAUAAAGUUAAUUAUGGUGCACUCAAAUUUUUAAAGUUAUUUCAUUAUAAAAAGGGUGCUGCUUGAUAAGAGAUGAUGGAAAUACAUAAUCUUAGAAAGAAAAAGAUAACAAUUGCUAACAUCUCCCAAGUACUUUUUAUUGUGCUUACAUUGUCUCAGUUGUUCUUCACAGAAGCCCUGGGAGGUAGAGUUAUUCAUUAUCUCCCAUUUCUUUGUCAAUCCCAUUUCAUCGAUAAGGAAACUAAAGUGCAUAGAGGUUAAAAAACCUUCCCAGGUUUCUCCAGCUUGAAUUGCUGAGCUGAAGCUUGUGUUCAGGUUGUCUACUUUCAAAACCCUUGAAGGCCAUGCUGUCCUAGGCCAUGCCACCUCACCCCAUGCCACAUGACUUUAUGUGUGGCUAAGGGGGACUCUUUGGAAGAAGAGUCACAAUUAUAUUUGCAAUUUAGACUGGCUACUGUUACUGAAAUCAAGGGGUUCAUUUUACCUGCACGCAUCAAAGCCAAAGGAGACACAGAUGGGGAUUGUAGUAAAGAAAGUAGAGGUUUAUUUAAAGAAAUGGCGCCAAGCCUGAAGACGCAGGUGAGCUAGUGCUCAAAGACUCCCCAAUUGCAUCUAAAGGAUAGGUAAUAUAGGGGAAAACUCAUUAGUCAUGGUAGCUAAGUGAGUUGGGGUCGUGGGCUCUACUGAUUUUGGUAGAGGCUAGGGUAGGAGGCAGUUGAUCAUUGCAUAAGGUCCUGAUAUCAGUCAUGGUUUAGUUCUGUCUAGUUUCAAGGGAAUGCCACUGGGAUCCUUCUGUGUUCAUGGGUGUGGAGCUACAAGAUGUUAUCUUUAGUUUGACCCAAACUCUGUUUCCGUGGUCAACAGACCUGAGACUUUGUUCAUAAGACUGUUCGAUGCUGACCUAAGGGCUUCAAGAUUAAGGGAGUGGUCGUGCAGGUAUGCAGAAGGAUGAAAGAAAAGCAAGUGAGUGCAAGCCCAAUUUGAAUCAAGGAGAAAGAGAAGAGAAAAAGUCAUUUUAAAGAAGUGAAGAAUUGCAUGGUUACAUCGUUUUGGAAGCUACAGGUCCCCAUAGACACGUUGCCUCAUCUGCUGAGUUAAAAUUCUCUCCUGAAAAUAAGUAAGUAAGUAAAUAAAUAAAGUUCCCCCUGAAUAGUGGAGCAGGGAGUAAAAACAAUCUCUGACUCCAGGCUGUUCCCCGAGUGACGUCCUUGCCCCGCCUUCACUGUCUCACCCUGACUGGAGACAGGGCAGGAGGUGGGGGGUUUUCUAUCCCUAGUGGGGACUGAGGAUCCCCCAGUUCCACCCGGUGCUACCCAUUAUGCACUAAGGUAGCAGCUUCCAGGCAGAUUAAAACAGGGAGGUGGGAGAGAAGGGGAGAAUGGGGUGGCUUCAGGCUGCCUGACACUCCCUUUCAGCCUCCAGCUUCCUUCUCACUUCAGCCUCAAGCUCCCCUCCCCAACUAUGCCAAAGUUCCCCACAUUGGUCACCAGCCCUGCUUCGGGCUCCAUCCAGCUUAGCGUCCUCCCAACCCAAUUCUGUUUCCCCAAGGCACAGUGGAGAGGCCACCACCACCACUUAGGAGUCAGAAAUAUGUUGGCCUGGGCCAAGUGAGGUGGCCUGGAACAGAAAGACCUUGAAGACACAGGGACAACCUUUGGAGAAGUGGGGAUCUCAGUCACAGCCGGAAGAGGAGAAAGGUUUGGACUUCUGUGGGCAGCCUCCACGAGGCCCUGGACCAGUGCAUGACCGCCCUGGACCUCUUCCUCACCAACCAGUUCUCAGAAGCACUCAGCUACCUCAAGCCCAGGACCAAGGAGAGCAUGUACCAUUCGCUGACAUAUGCCACCAUCCUGGAGAUGCAGGCCAUGAUGACCUUUGACCCUCAGGACAUCCUGCUUGCUGGCAACAUGAUGAAGGAGGCGCAGUUGCUGUGUCAGAGGCACCGGAAGAAGUCCUCUGUAACAGAUUCCUUCAGCAACCUGGUACACCGCCACACUAUGGACCAGUUCACGGAAGAGGAAAUCCACGCUGAGGUCUGCUACGCAGAAUGCCUGCUGCAGAGAGCAGCCCUGACCUUCCUGCAGGAUGAGAACAUGGUGAGCUUCAUCAAGGGUGGCAUCAAAGUUCGAAACAGCUACCAGACCUACAAAGAGCUGGACAGCCUUGUACAGUCCUCACAGUACUGCAAAGGAGAGAACCACAGGCACUUUGAAGGAGGGGUGAAGCUUGGUGUGGGAGCCUUCAACCUGACGCUGUCCAUGCUUCCUACUAGGAUCCUGCGGCUGCUAGAGUUUGUGGGGUUUUCAGGAAACAAGGACUACGGGCUGCUGCAGCUGGAGGAGGGUGCCUCCGGACACAGCUUCCGAGCUGUGCUCUGCGUCAUGCUGCUGCUGUGCUACCACACUUUCCUCACCUUUGUGCUAGGCACUGGGAAUGUCAACAUCGAGGAGGCAGAGAAGCUCUUGAAGCCCUACCUGAAGCGAUACCCUAAGGGCGCCAUCUUCCUGUUCUUUGCGGGGCGGAUCGAAGCCAUUAAAGGCAACGUUGAUGCAGCCAUCCGGCGGUUUGAGGAGUGCUGUGAGGCCCAGCAGCACUGGAAGCAGUUCCAUCACAUGUGCUACUGGGAGCUGAUGUGGUGCUUCACCUACAAGAGCCAGUGGAAGAUGGCCUACUUCUAUGCUGACCUGCUCAGCAAAGAAAACUCCUGGUCCAAGGCCACCUACAUCUACAUGAAGGCCGCCUACCUCAGCAUGUUUGAGAAAGAGGACUACAAGCCGUUUGGGGAUGACGAAGUGGAGUUGUUUAGAGCUGUGCCAGGCUUGAAACUCAAGAUUGCUGGGAAAUCUCUACCCACGGAGAAGUUUGCCAUCCGGAAGUCCAGACGCUACCUCUCCCCCAAACCUGUCUCAUUGCCAAUCCCUGCUCUGGAAAUGAUGUACAUUUGGAAUGGCUACGCUGUGAUUGGGAAGCAGCCCGAACUCACAGACGGGAUACUUGAGAUUAUCACCAAGGCUGAAGAGAUGCUGGAAAAGGGCCCAGAGAAUGAGUACUCAGUGGAUGAUGAGUGCUUGGUGAAGUUGCUGAAAGGACUGUGUCUGAAAUACCUGGGCCGGGUCCGGGAGGCUGAGGAGAAUUUCAGGAGCAUCUCUGCUAAUGAAAAGAAGAUUAAAUAUGACCACUACUUGAUCCCAAACGCCCUGCUGGAGCUGGCCCUGCUGUUUAUGGAGCAAGACAGAAACGAAGAGGCUGUCAAACUCUUGGAAACUGCCAGGCAAAACUACAAGAAUUACUCCAUGGAGUCAAGGACACACUUUCGAAUCCAGGCAGCUACACUCCAAGCCAAGUCUUCUCUAGAGAAUGGCAGCAGAUCCAUGGUCUCGUCAGUGUCCUUGUAGUUUUGUGCAGCGCUCCUGAGCUGGAAGGCAGAGACAGCUGGACAGAGCUCCUGGAAACAUUUCAAAAUGAUCCCUUCCCCCUGCCCUGCCCUGCCCUGCCUUUGGGGCCCACCGGUGCUCCAGUGGGACGGCAUGACAUGGGUAUCCGUGCAGAAGCAAAGCCGGCAUUUUCACCAGUGUGGCCAAAGGCCUCUGCCAAUGACAGAGCAGGUGGAGCCUUCUGCCUGCCCUAUCACACAUACGGGUCCUUGUUUUUCACUGUGAUGUUUAAGAGAAUGUAUGAAGAGUUUACAUUUUCCUUAGAAAUAUAAUGAUGGGAUCAUAGUUGGCUUUUUAAGAAAACACCAACCGACCACCUGUACAUCUUUGUGUUAACCCGUACUGCGUACUGAUCUGGGGUACAUCUAUAUGACGCCAAAAGCCAAACUGCUUUUCAAACUUCAGCAAGGUCUCAGCUUCUGGGGCUAGAAGGACCCUCAGGAGGGUCUGUAUCUCAGGCUUUGAGGCUUCAGGGGGUUGUGCAUGGGGCUUGCACACAGACACCCAUUAUCUUCCUUCUUACGCUUUAUUUUCACUCUCUUUGUACCUUUCCAAUUUAAAAAAAUCAAACAUGUCUUUUUAGUGAGAUCAUUUUCUACAUUUGAGUCCAUCUGUAGAAAAAAAUUCAUCAGUAAGGAAUGGAGAUGCUGACAGAAGGGGAGCUGUGUGGCCCUCUCUGUGCCAAGAUUAUUGGUGCGGGGGGUAGGUGGGGAGGGAGAGGGCGGUUCCCAGACACCAAUCUGCAUCCUCUCUGUACAUCAGACUGAAACCACUAGGAAUAAUUUAUGAAAUCUGUACUUCACUUCGAGGUACAUUUAUUUACCGACAGCAUUUUUCUUAGCAUGGUUAUUCCUG